AUGGAGGACCAUCGUUUGCCCAAGAUUGUCCUCUAUGGCGAACUCUCCACCGGGCACCGGAACAGAGGAGCACCAAAGAAGAGGUUAAAGGACAGUUUAAAGAAAUCUCUGUCUUCGUGCAACAUCGAGAAUCGUCAGUGGUCAGUUCUUGUCACAGACCGAGCUGCUUGGCGGAUUAAUGUUCACGACUCAGUCUCUGCCUUCGAGAGGAGACGCAGAACUGCCCUCGAAGAUAAACGCAGUAAGAGGAAGAACACCAGACUCGUCAGUCGUCACUUACCUGGAGCCACUGUGGCCGAGUAUGCCGGUCACGCAUCGGACUUGUCAGUCACCAGCGGGUGUGCAGCAGGAGAGAGAAGGGCCCCUGACAAUCUUCGGAUACGAAGCCAAGCCAAAAUAGACAUCAGGGUUGCUGAUUCUGUAACCGGUUAUAACAUGGAGCGCAGUGCCUAUUCCAGCAGAAUCCGUCUUGUCGGAGGUUCCGGUCCAAACGAGGGGCGUGUGGAAGUCCGGCCGUCCGACAGUUUCAGAUGGGGCACAGUUUGUAAGAACGGUUUCGACUUGAAGGAUGCAGAAGUUGUCUGCAGGAUGCUGGGCUAUGCGAAUGUAUUUACAGUGCGCUCUUAUGCUUAUUUAGGCACAGGGCCAAUCCACCUAGACAACCUACAAUGUGAUGGGACAGAGAGUAGCCUGUUUAACUGCUCGCACAAGGGAUGGGGGAUUCAUGACUGUGAGCAUAGGGAUGACGUCGGCGUUGUCUGUGGUGCAGCACCCUACCUUCACUCCUGGGUGAAUCAGAAACCAAAGACCAGCUCCAUAGAAGAGAUGUUCUCCCACCAAGAAAAAGAAAGGAGAUAUCCAUAUCGUUUAGAUCACAGCAGAAUCCGUCUUGUCGGAGGUUCCAGUCGGAAAGAAGGACGUGUGGAAGUCCGACCGGCCGACAGUAUGACCUGGGGCACAGUUUGUCACAACCAGUUUGACAUGAAGGAUGCAGACGUUGUUUGCAAAAUGCUCGGCUACCCAAGUGCCCUUCAAGUUCGUAAAAAUGCGUAUUUUGGCCCAGGACGCGGGCCAGUCUACAUGGAUGACUUACAAUGUAAUGGGAACGAGAAUAGCCUGUUCAACUGCUCGUACCCAGGGUGGACCAUUCACGAUUCCAACUGUAACCAUGACCAGGAUGUGGGCGUGGGGUGUACAGGUAUGUCAUUCGUUUCGUAUUUCAUGAAAAAAUGA